CGUUAGGUGGGGCGAGCCUCACAGACAAUCUGCGUGUGUUCCGGGGCCACCAGGGCCUCAGGGAAGUUAUGGAGUGACAUUGCUGGGACAACCCUGCAGGGAGCGCAGGCUCUGGACAUAGUCUGAUCCUGGAAGCAGGCCAGUUCUGCAGGCCGGGCUGGUCCUGGAGGCCAAGUUGGUUCUAGAAGGUGUUUGCGGAAGACAAUUCUACAAGCAGGGCUGUGACCCCCUGGCCCAGACAGCGCCCGGCCGCCUGCAGAGCCGCAGGGCUCGGGUCCACCAGCAGAUCACCAAGGAGCUACGGAUGCGAACAGGUGCCGAGAACCUCUACAGGGCCACCAGCAACGCCCAGGUCAGGGAGACGGUGGUCCUGGAGCUGAGCUACGUCAACUCCAGCCUGCAGCUGCUGAAGGAGGAGCUGGAGGAGCUCAACGGCAGCGUGGAGGCUGACGGGCCCGGGAGCCAAGGUAUCACAGUCCCGAUGAUCCCCCUGGGGCUGAAGGAGACCAAGGAGCUGGACUGGUCCACGGCCCUGAAGGAGCUGAUCUCUGGGCACUUCGGAGAGGACGGUGCCUCCUACGGGGCCGAGAUCAGGGAGCUGGAAGACCUGCGGCAGGCCAUUCGGACGCCCAGCCGUAGCGAGGCGGGCCUGGAGCUGCUCAUGGCCUACUACAACCAGCUCUGCUUCCUGGACACACGCUUCGUUGCCCCUGCCGGGAGCCUCGGGCUGCUCUUCCAUUGGUACGACUCGCUCACGGGGGUCCCAGCCCAGCAGCGGGCCCUCGCCUUCGAGAAGGGCAGCGUGCUUUUCAACAUUGGGGCUCUCCACACCCAGAUUGGGGCUCGCCAGGACCGCUCCUGCCCUGAGGGCACCAGGCGCGCCAUCAAGGCCUUUCAGAGGGCUGCUGGGGCCUUCAGUCUCCUGCGGGAGAACUUUUCCCAAGCGCCCAGCCCGGACAUGAGCCCCGCCUCGCUCUCCAUGCUGGAGCAACUCAUGACGGCCCAGGCCCAGGAGUGCAUCUUUGAGGGCCUGUUGCUGCCGCCCCUUGCGACCCCCCAGGAUGGUGUGGCCCAGCUCUGCCUGGCCCAGGAGGCUGCCCAGGUGGCCGCUGAGUACAGGCUGGUGCACCAGACCAUGGCCCAGCCUCCUGUCCGAGACUACGUGCCCUUCCCCUGGACUGCCCUGGUGCACGUCAAGGCUGAGCACUUCUGCGCCCUGGCCCACUACCACGCGGCCGUGGCCCUCUGCGACAGCCCCCCGACCCAGGCGGGGUUCCCGGCGCUCCAGCAGCCCCUCCGCGGGCCCCCAGCCACGUCCCAGCCCUGGGGCUCCGCAUGGCCUGAGGAGCCAGAGGAGCGCAGGAAGCUUGGCAAGGCGCACCUGAAGCGGGCCAUCCUGGGCCAGGAGGAGGCGCUGCGGCUACACGCCGUGUGCCGGGCCCUGCGCAGAGUGGACCUGCUGCAAGCCGUGCUGGCCCGGGCGCUGCGCUGCUCACUGGCCAAGUACUCGGAGCUCGACCGCGAGGACGACUUCUUGGAGACCAGCGAAGCUCCUGACAUCCAGCCCAAAACACAGCAGAAGCCAGAGAUCAGGGCGCCCAGCUUCUCCAGCGUGAAGGUGACCGACAUCUUCCACCGGCUGGGACCCCUGUCCGUGUUUUCAGCCAAGAACUGCUGGCGGCUGGUGGGGCCUGUCCACAUGACCCGGGGAGAGGCUGGCUUUGGCCUCACGCUGCGAGGAGACGCGCCCGUCCUCAUUGCCGCUGUCAUCCCGGGGGGCCCAGCCGCGGCAGCCGGCCUGCAGGAGGGCGACUACAUCGUGUCCUUGAAUGGGCAGCCGUGCAAGUGGUGGAAGCACGCCGAGGUGGUGGCACAGCUGAAGGGUGUGGGCGACGAGGGUGUGAGCCUGCAGGUGGUGACGCUGCUGCCCCGGGCAGAGCCACCCGGCACGGGACACCACCGGCCAGCCCUGGGGGGGCUUCUGCGGAGCCAGAAGGAGUGUGGGGGUGGGACGCCAGCUCCUGCACGAGCCAGCCCCAGGCCCUUCCUUGGCUGGAGCCGCAAGGCCAAGAGGGGCAAGAGCAGAGGGAGGCUGUCCCCACAGCCCUGAGCCGCGGGCCGCCCACCCCCUGGGGGUGCCCAGGGCGGCAGUGAGGGGCCAGCUCCCCUGCCCCUAUGCCCUCCUCCAUCCCAGUGGCUGGAGCUGCCCAUUAAAGACAAUGUCAGGUA